AAUGUGCGUCAAACGUUUAUUGAUAAUAAAAAAAUAACCUUACAAGUGAGAUAAGUUAAUAGAGCUGGGCAUUUUAUACAAAAGGAUUUCCAAAAUCUAAUUUCAUAAGAAAAUUAAAUUUAGUCAUCGAACUGAGAACCGGAAUGGUUUUAUUUGCUGUGUACCAAUAAGUUUUUCGUGUUUGAAAAUUUGCAGUCGACGAAAAGAAAGAAUUGCAGGAGUGACGUUUUGCGAAACAUUUCUUCUUUCGAGUUUUUCUUUCUGCCAGUAAUUGGCUUAUUUGGAAUUUUGUAUAACGCGGAAAAGCUGGUGCUUAUUUUUGCUGACGAUAUGUCUGGCAGUGAAGACGGACAAUUACGCAGUCCCGCUGAUGAGCACAUGUUGAGUGAUGAUGAUGAUACCGACUCGUUGGAUAUAAAACCACCACAGGCCAAUGUUAUUAGAGAUGCGACGGGUGGCAGGCGCAAAGAGAAAUCUGGCAAAGAUAAGAAACAUUCCAAAGAACGUAAACACCGGGAACGGCUUUCAGAUGGAGGUGGUGGCGAAGCCAAGGAACGCGAGAAAGACUAUAAUCGGGACGGUAGAAAUGAACGACGUAGUGAUAUUGAUCGCCGUGAUGUGCAAAAGAGGGAGGAGAGAGAGCCGCGCUAUCAUCACCAUCAAAGGCAAAGCGGUAGCUACGAAGGUGAUGGUCGCGAAUUCGAAAAACGUUAUCAUGCGAAACAUUACGAGCGUCGAAGUCAUCAUAUCGGUAGUGCUGCCUAUCAUCACCAAGAAUCGUACCAACAAUAUCAACAUCAUGCUUCAGUAAAUGUCCGUCACCGCCAAGAUUAUUAUGAAAGGAGACAAGAUUACCAUCAUCAACCGCCCGCCGAUUAUCAUGUUCAACGUCAGCAUCAUCAUGUGCAACAGCAUCAACACACACAACAAUCCUAUGGUGGGGGAAAACAUCAUCAGGAUGUAGAUGUAGAACGGCGUACAAAAUAUAAUUAUGACCAUGCAAAAGAUCCUGAGAGUCUUGAGCAAGAUUUGCGCUCUCGAUUGUUAAGUAAACGCCACAAAUAUGUGAAAGAUGAUAGCAUUGAGUUUUAUGAACGUAAUAACAGAUCUUAUGAAGAACGUGGUCAUGACCAGAGAUCUACCUCUAAAAGUGAACAUCACAAAACCCGCCGAGAAAAAGUCAAGGAACAGAAUAUCAUUGAAGUCUUUGAUAGCCCAGAGGGCGAACAUCCGCGUCAUACUCAGCGUAAGAAACAUAAACGCCAUAAGGAGAAACAUGAAAAACGUGCUUCAUCUCUUGAGGAAAUAACGUCAUCUAAAUUAAUAGAAGCACCAGAAAAGCGUCGCGCCGUCGAGGAUCCAGAAUUAAUGGCUCGUAGAGCGAAAUUUCUGACCGCUGAGCAAGAGAAACAGAAGCGCAAAGAAAUUGCUCGUAAGGAAUUGGAAGCUCGUAGAGAAAUUCUACGCGAGCGAGGUACCGCAGUCGACGCUUUGAGUCCCACCGCUGUGGCCGCCAGCGUGACUGCCGGCUUGCAUAUUAUUAAACGUAAAAAAUCCGAUGAGGGGGAAGACAGAACUAAACGAAAACGUUCCAAAAAGUCAAAGGACAGCGAUGGCGAUGAGGAAGAGGAGGAGGAGGAGGAGGAGGAGGAAGAAGAAGAGGAAGAAGAAGAAGAAAAUGAAGGGGACAAUCGGCAUGGGGAGGAUGGUACUGCUUCGGAUAGUAGCUCUGAUGAUGAAGAAGAUAACAGCGUUAGUGAGAGUGCUACGGAAAGUGAACGUAGUUAUAAAAGAGGAACUGUAAUUAGCAAAAAGAAGAAAGACAGCGAUGAAAGCGAAGUCGAUAUUUCUCUACCUAAUAGUCCUCUUUCCAUAGGUGAGUUGUCAAAAUCACCAAAGCAAAAAAAGCGAGAUGCGAAGAGGAAGAAAAAGCAAGUUUUUAAACCACAUUCUGACGAAGAUGAUGAGGAUGACGAUGACGAGAAUAAACGCCACGGAAGAUCUUCACGCUCACAUUCUUUGACACUUUCACUCAGUCGUUCGGGGUCACGUAGUCAUUCUCGUACAGCUGGUCGCUCUAGGUCAAGAUCCUCACAUUCUCCUAAUUCUAGGUCCGUCUCUUCACGAUCACAUUCUCGUUCUCGCACUUCUACGGAACACAGUAGGUCACGGAGUAUACAUUCUUUGAGUCCAUCUCGGUCUCCCUCAAGAUCGUCUCACAGUCAUAGUCGGUCAAGAUCACGUUCUCGAUCGCGAAGCGAAGAGCGUGAUAUGAAAGAAAAUUUUCGACGGGAACAAACGGCAAAGCUCAACGAAAAACGAAGCAAUGAGUUAAAGCUAGAAACUGAUUUACCCGCCUUAGAUGAUAAAGGAAAACCAUUGCCUAACUAUUAUCCCGGUAUACAAGGUUGUCGAUCAGUUGAAGAGUUUCAAUGCUUGAAUCGUAUUGAGGAGGGUACUUAUGGCGUGGUAUAUAGGGCCAAAGAUAAGCGUACACACGAAAUCGUCGCUUUGAAACGUCUUAAGAUGGAAAAGGAAAAGGAGGGCUUCCCUAUAACUUCACUUAGAGAAAUCAAUACGUUACUUAAAGGACAACAUCCAAAUAUUGUUACUGUACGAGAAAUUGUGGUAGGUUCUAAUAUGGAUAAAAUUUACAUAGUUAUGGAUUAUGUAGAACACGAUUUGAAAUCACUCAUGGAAACUAUGAAGGAAAGAAAACAAUCAUUUUUACCGGCAGAAAUAAAAUGUCUAACGCAACAAUUGCUAAAAGCAGUGGCUCACCUACACGACAACUGGAUAUUGCAUCGCGAUCUCAAGACGUCGAACCUUUUGCUUUCACACAAAGGCAUUUUGAAAGUUGGUGAUUUCGGUUUGGCUCGUGAAUAUGGCUCACCAUUAAAAGAGUACACGUCCGUGGUUGUUACCUUGUACUAUCGUGCUCCAGAAUUGCUACUCUGUUCCACAGAAUAUUCAACACCAAUAGAUGUAUGGUCAGUGGGGUGUAUAUUUGCCGAAUUUUUACAGAUGGCACCGCUAUUUCCCGGGAAGUCUGAAGUUGAUCAACUUAAUAGAAUCUUUAAGUUACUUGGCACUCCUAAUGAAAAGAUAUGGCCAGGAUAUAAUAAUUUGCCAGCAGUUAAAAAUAUGAUUAGCAAAAAUUCACAAUUUGCUGAAUAUCCGGUGUCCAGUUUACGUAAAUAUCUGGGUCAGAGGACAAGUGAUAACGGUGUAGGUUUUCUACAAGGUUUACUGACCUAUGAUCCUCGGCAACGUUUCACUGCUGAAUCUGCCUUAAAACAUGUCUACUUUAAGGAAUUGCCGAUACCAAUAGAUCCCUCCAUGUUUCCCACCUGGCCAGCCAAAAGCGAGUUAGGCGCACGCAAAGCGUUGGCUUCUCCGAAGCCACCAUCAGGCGGAUCACAGUUCAAGCAACUCGGUAAAGAUGAUUUAGCAGCAAGUGGUAGCGGAGGUAAGAUUAUCUCUGGUAUUAUUACAGGCAACAAAAAAACAUCUGCUAAUACCGGUUUCGUACUAAACGCUAGCGUAGAUCAAAGACAAUUGGCUAUGGCUCCAGGUUUUAAGUUGAAAUUUUAAGAGAUUUUUAAAUAUUUUCACUUCCUUUUUUCUUUCUUUAACAAUUUUUAUCAAAAUUGUUUUUAUUUAGUUCGUAAGUCUCGUGGAUGUUCUUAAAAUCAGUUUACACAUCCCUGAAUUAAUAUCAUUCAUAUAAUAUAAUUUUGAGCUUACAAUUAUGACAAAUUAAUGCUUAAUGAAAUAAACAAAUAUAAUUUAAAAACUUUAUUA